GUAACAGCAGAUUCAGGACUGGGACUGGUCUUAUAUGAUAUCCAUUUGCCAAACGGGCAGGUUAUCGAUCCUUCAGUGUUGUCAAAGCACUGUUUGGGCCUGUGGACGGAAAGGAUCGAAGCAACGAAGGACACGUCCUGGAAAACGAGUACGGUGAACUAAGUUGAGAGAGGAUCGGGAAAAGCGUGAGGCCCAUAAUUUGACCGCGCGUGCCCUGUCAAAGAGCCAGAGUCCUGAGGGGCGCGCCGUCCCUGCCGUCCAGCUCUUCAUCAUCACAACUUCGCCGCCAUAACCGCAAAACCGCAAGCGGUGGCCUCAAAGAGUCAAGACCAUUUUCUCACGCAACAUCCUGACAACUUUGCUGAGAAAUUGGAUAUUCUGAUCACCGGGCGCCUUUGAAAAAGCUCUCAGUAUCGGUAGCUUUUGGGCUGUCUCAUUGCAUCUUACGUUUCAGUCGUGAUGGACAAGUUCAUCCCCCGAUUGGGCGCGUACCGCCUGAAGGACCUCAUCAAGGCCAUCCGGAGCUGUAAAACAGCCGCUGACGAAAGGGCGGUCAUCGCAAAGGAGAGUGCCUACCUGAGGACGAGCUUCAAGGAGGAGAAUGUAGAUCUCAGGCAUCAAAACAUUGCCAAACUGUUGUACAUUCAUAUGCUGGGAUAUCCAGCACAUUUUGGCCAAAUUGAAUGCUUAAAGCUCGUUGCGUCUCCUCGGUUUGCCGAUAAGCGGCUCGGAUAUCUUGGAAUCAUGCUCUUGCUUGACGAGAACCAGGAAGUUCUCACACUGGUCACCAACUCGUUGAAAAAUGAUAUGAACAGUGCGAAUAUGUUCAUUGUUGGCCUUGCCCUGUGUACAAUGGGGAACAUAUCUUCUCCAGAGAUGGCCCGUGAUUUGUGUGGGGAGGUGGAAAGGCUUCUGGCAAGCUCGAAUGCGUACAUAAGAAAGAAGGCUGCACUGUGUGCUCUCAGGAUCAUCAAGAAGGUUCCCGACCUCCUGGAGAACUUCAUAUCUCGAGGCAAAAGUCUUCUGAAUGAGCGAAACCAUGGAGUGUUACUGACGGGCAUCACGCUGCUCACUGAAAUGUGCAAGAUGAAUGAAGACGUUCUGUCGGACCUGCGGGCGCACUCAGCUGCGACUUUGGUACGGCAUCUCAAGAAUCUCGUCACCGCUGGCUUCAGUCCAGAACAUGAUGUCAACGGCAUCACGGACCCAUUUGUGCAAGUGAGAGUUUUGCGACUCAUGAGGAUCUUGGGGAAAGGUGACGCCGAAGCGUCGGAAGCCAUGAACGAUGUCCUCGCACAGGUUGCAACCAACACCGAAGCAACAAAGAACGUUGGGAAUGCUAUUCUUUACGAAGCGGUUCUGACCAUCAUGGAGAUUGAGAGCGAAAGUUCUCUGCGUGUUCUUGCAAUCAACAUUCUCGGUCGGUUCCUGUCGAACAGGGAUAACAAUAUCAAAUACGUUGCGCUUACGACGCUCACGAAGACUUCCGCAAACACGGCAACGGCUGAUUCUUCAGCUCUACAAAGGCAUCGGUCCACGAUUCUCGAUUGCCUUCGCGACCCUGACAUUUCAAUCCGCCGCCGUGCGCUGGACCUUUCGUUCUUCCUCAUCAACGCGCAGAACAUCCGUAUAUUGACUCGUGAGCUGUUGGCGUAUUUGGAGAUUUGUGAAGGGGAGAGCAAAAACUCGGUCGCCAUCAGAAUAUGUGAUUUUGCUGGGAGGUAUCGGCCGAACAAGCGAUGGGAGGUGGACACUGUCUGCCGUAUCUUGCGCGUUGCUGGGGCUUUCGUCGAUCAGCCUGUCGUGAAUCACUUCAUCAAGUUGGUGACGACUUCGCCACCAGAACUCCAGCAAUAUGCAGUGCGCAAGCUUUACAACACUGUAAAGAACGAGGGCGAAAAGGCUCUCACUCAGGAAGGACUACUGCAAGCCACUGUCUGGUGUAUUGGAGAGUAUGGGGAUUCUCUUGUGCAAGGGACAUCAGGGUCGAUUGGUGGGGAUGAGGAUGACGGUAAUACCGAUCCGAGCACGCAAAGCUCGUAUCAGAUCGCGCCGACGGAACCAGAGGUCAUUGACAGACUGACGGAGGUCCUGAAAGGACCCUUCGCAACGGAGCUGGUGAAAGAGUACACCAUGGUGACACUGGUGAAGCUCAGCACCCGGUUCACUACCGAUGCUGCUAUUAGUGGAAUCCGAACGCUCCUGACAAAGUACAGAGCUAGCGUUGCACUUGAGCUCCAACAGCGCUCCAUCGAAUUCACUACCAUCUUCCAACUGGACCGUGACGCCAGGCAUGGUUUGUUAGAACGCAUGCCGGUGUUGGAAAGCGCGGCAAAAGAAGAAGCAAAGAAAGGGUUGGGUGUUCCCACAACUUCCACCAAUGGUAUGUCCGUGGAUAGGGACUGUCUGUGA